AGAUUACAUGUAGAAUUUCAAAUUAGGAGUUUCCAGGCAGCACUUCACAUUUGAAGAUGGACCGGUUUGAAGACGUAUCAGACGGUGAAGUGGAUCAUGCUUUCUUUGACAGUGAUUUUGAGGAACAGCAAAAGAAAGGUGAUGAAAAUCAUGAGCCUAUAGAAAAGGAAAAUACGGAGGAGAUUCUUCCAGAGCUUGACUUGGUUCCCAAGUCAAAGGAUGAGAAGUGUCCUGAGGAAGAAAGUGAAGAGAAAGAAAAGGACUUGGUGAAGGGGCAGUCCUUAGAAAAUCUGACAGACCGUACUGGGGACGYUCCCUCUUUGCCACCUUCUCCAGUUUCAGAGAAUGCAGGUACAUCUGGAACAGCAUCUGCAGCAAGUAGGGGAACACAGGAGAAUGUUCCUGCUGGAAUCCCCAAAAUAGUUAAAGAAGGAGAAGAAGAUUAUUAUACAGAUGAAGAAGAUAGUAGUGAUGAUGGCAAAAAACAGAGGGUUAGACCAAAGUCAGCCAAACAAUCAAACAUGAAAAAAACUAACAAAAAAUAUACCAAUAUCAGCUCCUCCUCCUCUUCUUCAUCUUCCUCUUCCUCAUCUUCCUCAUCAUCAAGCUCAGAUACGGAUUGUUCUGAUACAGAUUCUGAUAGCUUAUCAGAUUCUUCUCAUUCUUCCUCAAAAAGGAAUGCUUGUAGCGUGGCUCUUCUGUCUCCAAAACAAAAAUUCAGGUCAGGAAUGAAAUUAGCGGAAGGGAAACCAAAGCUUGGUGACUACUUGGAGGAGUCUGAAGACACGGUGACUGAUGUAACGCCUUUGUCAACCCCAGACAUCAGCCCUAUCCAGUCUUUUGAACUUGCAGCAUCAAAUGAUAAAAAAUUAAAAAUAAAAAGACAGGAAAAUGUGAGCCAAGAGCUAUAUGAUUCUGAAUUUGAUCGCAGAUAUAGUCGAAAAGUCUUACAUGAUGCCAUGGACCUGAAUCAGCUUUUGAAAGCUUUUCUACAGUUGGAGAAGAAGGAACAACAAAAGAUAACCAUUGAUCCGCCAUCUAAAGGAUCAAGGAAAAAUUACUCUUUCACAAAUGAAGAAGUAAGACAGAUUGAUCGGGAAAACCAAAGGCUGUUGAGAGAACUGUCCAGGCAGUCUGCAAAGCCCAGAAGCAGAAGUACCACUUUGAAGAAAUCGGCUCUUCCUCCUCCUAAGUUAUACCACAGUGCCCUCAACAGGCAAAAGGAACAGCAAAGAAUUGAAAGGGAAAACCUGGCUUUUUUGAAGCGACUGGAAGCAGUGAAGCCGACAGCGGGGAUGAGGCGCUCUGAGCAACUGAUGGACUAUCAGCGCCAGAUGAGUUACCUGGGCUCCUCACCAUCCACAAGGAGAGGGAAGUCCCAGCUCAGCCCUUCCAGAGGCACGUCAAGGGCGUCGAGUGUGUCAAGUGCAGUGAGCCAUAGGAAUGAAAAACCUGGGUCUGAUGCAUCCAGUGGGGCCUUGCAGAGACCUAAACCCACUAACGUUCGUGCUGCUUGGUUAUAAGUGUGUGCUCUGCCUCCCGUGUCGAGAUGAUCUUGAGAUUUCUAUUUCUAGUGCUUUUGUAAACUCUCCGUGCAAGACUCUUCUCUGCAUUGUUUGGUGAUUAAAAUGCGUUGCAUAUGAAGUAAUUGCUUAUAAAAUGGUUUUAAAGUAACUCUUUCACUUUAAUCAGUGUUUGCUGUGAAAAGUAUUUAUGAAAGAGAAUGAGGUAUUUAAGCAAAGUGAAAUAGAAAUUCCUAGUUAUUUUAUACUCAAAGCGGGAUUUGUAUCCAUGAAGGAGAAGGAUGGAAUUGUUGCACUGUGGGUCCAAGAUGUAAAGCAAAUCUUUAAAGAAGGAAAAUUUAUUUUUAAAAUUGCAUUAAACUUGUGAGAAUAAGCUUAAUUCCUAGGCUGUCCUUGCUUUAGGUAAGCCGUCAGGACUCUAUAGGUCGUCUUCCUAUGGCUGCAACUCUCCCUCUUACAGCAGCACGAAGUGGGGAAAAGCAGGAUUUGUACUACGGCGUGUCCACGUGGUGAACGUUCAUUUGGUGCUCAAGGCUGCAUCUCUUCCAGAUUUAAAAGAACUUAAGAAGUUGUAGUAGGACCUUGGUGCAGAAAAGAAGCAUCUCAUGUUAUGUGAACGCCAGAUUGAAAUCCGAAGUGAACAGCAGUUUCAGAUUCACUUUUAACAAGUGUAAGUUUCUAGUAUUUCUCAAUAGAAGAGUGAGUGAGGGAAGCAUUUUGUGGCCCUGUGUGUGCAGAUCAUCGCCCGUCCCCGUGGCGAGGUGUCACUCUGAGCUGCGGGAAACUUGGGCAUCUGAUUUGACAGCAAUGGUUAGCCAGGACUGAAAAAGACAGACGCAGUAAGAAACUGAAAUGAAGUUAUAAUUUUUCUCCUUAACAUAACUUUUUGAUGCUGUGUUUGUACCAAAUAUUUGGAGUAGUGUCAGAUAGGCUUCAGCAUCUACUUCCAUUUAUAGCAGGUGUAAAAUGGCAUGGCGUUGGCAAUAGCAAAUAGUAGGCAGUAUGCUUUAUUUCUCUCCGUAAAGGCAAACUUUCAGUGAGCUUAUUGUAGGCUCUUAGUCUUACAAAGAGCAUAAACUGUGAUGCUGCUGUCUGUGGAUGUCACUGGAAUCCCGCGCUUCCCCAGCUGCUUCCUCCCASGAGAUGUGCAGGAACUCUCUUUGAAUUAUGCAUAAAGAGGAGAAAAAAUAAUAAUAAAUAAAAGCUGUAUUCAGUAACGCUGGGUCUUAGCCCUACAAGAAGGAAAGUUGAUUUUUCUKUGCUCCUGUUUCCGUAAGGGCUUAGGCCUGUAGGUGUUUGGUAUUGCAACACACUUGUCGCUGUGUGAUAAUCAGUCAGAGCUGCUGCACCUGCUGACCUGAUCCCGUUUAGCUGCUUGACAGUGUUUGGCAAUGUGUUUUCAACUGAAAGCAGCACUGGGGCCAAUGGAUUGCUUCUGCAAUUAUUACUCAUUGAUAGGGACUAUAUAGCAUUUCUUUGCAUA